GAUAAACUUAUUAAAUAGAUUACUCGUGUUCUUCUGUCUCUCUGUAUCUAUCCUAGCCAUGGGAGAACCCCAACUGAGCGACGAGGAAAAGAAACAAGUGGUACACUCUCUAUUGUUGCAGACACCCCCUGGGGAAUUCAAUGAGACAUUCAAUGAUGUUAGACUGUUGGUGGAGAAUGACACUUUGUUGACCCAGUGUAGAAAGACAUAUAUGGAUUACUGGAUGGAACAGCACACGCCUGUGAAAGUUGGAGACUCUGAGAAAGUAGCCCUGUCAAGAGAAGGACGCCAAACAGACGGGUCAUUCUUGGCACCUCAAACACGCAAACUGUUCACAUUUGACCCCAUGCGACAGGAAGCGACGGUAGUGGGAGAUGCCCCAGGAACCCCGGAACACGAGGCUUAUCGGAAGGCUGUUGCGGAGAAGUUGCGGGAGUAUAUCACGAACCACUAUCCAGAAGGUGUGGAAACAGUAUUAGCGAGGACGAACCGGGAGAGUGGCUUGGCAGAGAUUGUGAUCGUGAUUGAGUCGCACAAGUUCCAGAACCACAACUUCUUCACCGUCAACUGGCGGGAAUUGUGGGUGGUGUCCAUAGACCACACAGCUGGCACUGCAAACAUGAAGGGCACAGCUAAAGUACAGGUGCACUACUACGAGGACGGAAAUGUACAGAAGGUUUCUAAGAAGGACAUGGAGUGCAGUGGCCUUAAAUUCACAGACCAACUCAGUCUGGCUGAAGAAGUGGUGAGGAAACUCGAGGAAGUGACCAACAGGUACCAGAUGGCCAUCAACGAAAUCUACGGAGUGUUCCAGACUAUCACGUUCAAAUCACUGAGGAGAGCAUUGCCAGUGACUCAUUCCAAAAUGAACUGGGAACAGAUUGCCUCGUACAAGAUAGGAGCCGAGCUGAAGAACCAAUAGAGGGAGAGAGAAAGAGCGAUGUAAUAAAUGAAUGACACAUAUGUCUGAUCAACUUACGUUGCAAAAUUGAGCUCUCGUUUCUUUUUGCCUUAAACUGUCCAAAAUGUUGAAAGCAUCCCGCUUGAAUGAUAAAAAGCGAGAGUUCAGCUAUGUUUAGAAAAACUUAUUUGCUCUCAGCCAAUCAGGAGCGAGCAUUUCAAACUCCGUUUUCUUUUUUGGGCUCUUUAAAAAUAAUCAAGGGAACUUUUUAUUUACCCCCAACCCCCUAGUGAAAAAAGGGAAGAUUUUAAAAUAGUUUCACAGUUCACAUAAGCUCAAGUGUUGUUUUACUGCUUAUAGUGCCAUGUAUUAAUAAUUGGGCUUGGAAAUUGAAAAAUUUAUAUGGGGUCCCAAAACGAAAUGUAAUUGAGGAACAAUCUAGAAACAUAUGUGUCGAUUAGCAUAUCCAUGCUUGCUCUAAAACUGAAAGAUUUAGAUAUGUUUGCCGAAUUACGUUGUUGCAAAUCGAAUGACGAAUAAAUAAUGAGGUUGUUAUUUAUACUCUUUUAAUGCAAAAAAAAUUGCUUAAAACCUCAAAAGAUCCCAUCAUUUAAAUUGUUAAUUUUCUGUAGGCGAAAUAUUGGGCAAUUUGUCUAUCUGCACGCUUAAUUGCUGUAUUUAGCACAUGCUAAUUGACAGAAAUGCUAAUCGAUUGGUCGCGUAUCGCAUUGAAGUUUUUCUGUUAGUUCCGGACAAAUUUGAGGAGCUCUCUUAAAUAAAAUUAAUUUAUAAAAUGAACACAGUGGUAUGUUCUUUGACGCAGUUAAGAAAAGCCAACGUAUUUGAGAUGCUGGCUCUUUUUACAAAAAAUUAAUUUAGGGCACUUCGGAAAGUCAUCGUCUAUUAGAAUGGAUAGCAAAUUCAUAGCAACUGAAAUCAAUUUUUAUCAUAUUAGCUUCUCGUAGAAAUUAUAAAUUAUAUAAAUAUUUUGUGUGAAUUGAAGGUUGAACGGUUUAUGUCGAAUUAGAGAAGCUAAUUGAUGGUGUCAACUAUAGUUUUUAAUGUAUGAUAAUCUCUGUAAUUUAUGUCUGCCAAAUUCUGAUAAAUUUGUUGUCUGAUUGUGUAGUAAAGAGUGGAACUUUUAGGAUCUUCUUAAUCUUCUAUAUCUUCCUUUGGUAAUUAGUUACGAAUAUUUUGUCCUCUAUAAAAAGACUAAUUCAACGGCUGAA